UAGAAGCCCGUACAUUAUUUAUCAUGGGUUGCCGCCAUCUUUGUUUACAUGCCGUAACCAACCACCUCCAUGAAACAGAGAAUUCACGGACACGUUUUCCAGUUAACAUGGAAUCCAAAUGAAUUUUUGAAUGCCUAAUAUUUAAAAGGUACUGCCGUAAAAUGGCGGAGAGUCAAGUAAUGGAGGAUUUCCUUACCGGAAAUGAUGUACCUAGUAACCUCCCUUACCUGCAUCUGUCUUUCUUCGUCCAUAGCUUUAUUCCACGUCGUUAUGUGGAAACCCUUAAUCCCACCAAGACUCAGACGGUCGUGGGAAGUUUUGCCGAGGGACUUAGACUUCCGGCUUUUGUGAUCUUGAAACCAGAUGGAACAUUUGCCAAAAAGCACUUGAUCAAAGAACCAACUGUAGUUUUCCAUCACGUUAAAGAUGCUGAGAUAGCGCUUCCCUCUGUUACUGAUGCAGACUCCUAUCAUUAUGUUAUAUCAACUGAAAACGUUCACGCUGGGUAUUGUCGAUUAAAGGUUCUGCAAAAUGGCAGUAACGAAAGUGAGGCAGAUUUAUCUGUAACCAAAAAAGGCAUCAUUUACCUAGGCAGCAGCUUGUCAAGGAAAAAAUUUCAGAGUAAGAUUUCUUCGAAUAAAAAAGCAAUAGAUUCUAUGUUGGAUACCCUCAUAAAUACCGGAACAGGAAAUGGUCUCGAUAUGAAAUUUUCAGAUAUAUUCACGGGAAUUCCCGAGGAUUCUCUCGAUCUCCGCCGCCCAUUUACCUCACAAGGACUUCGUGGUGUGUUAGUUAGCGCACGGCAGGUAAAGUUUAAAGAAAUACAAUCUCAAGAACAAACUGGCCUUAUACCGGAAGUAGAACAGUCAGAGGUCAUGCAUGAACUGGCACUUCACUAUCCUGGAUGGCCAUCACAAGCAGAGGAAUGGAGAUCAAGAAAACGUCUUCAGAAUUGGCCAUCAGAGAGCACGAUAGAGAAAGUGAUGUCCGCUGGCUGCCAUAUAGUUCCCUCUGCCCACUGUAAAAGCUCCCAAUCCGACAUCGAAUGGAAAAUUUCAUUUUCUCUUGCCGAGAAGACACUGAUAAUAGAAGAACUAUCCGAUUCCCAAAGACAGUGUUUUCUGUUGUUUAAUAUGCUCUGUGUUCAUGUGAUAUCAGAGGGGAUGGUUACUCAACAACACAUACGUUCAAUCUUCUUUUACGCAUGCGAGAACCUGGGAACUAGUCUGUGGUAUAAGAACCCAGCUUAUUGUGUUCUUUAUCUUUUAGACCAGUUGGUAGACGCAAUUAAACAAAAAUUUCUCCCCGACUACUUUGUCAAAAAGAACAAUCUCUUAGAUUAUUUAACUGAUCUUCAGUCUUCUCAAUUAGAGAGAAGAUUUACCACAAUAAGGCGAAGACCUUUGGAAGAACUAUUUUCUCUUGCCGAAAAUUAUACAAUUCUGGAUAUUUUUCCAUACAACACAGAUGUGAAAAAGAUGUUUGCUCAGGUUUUGGUAGACGCAAAGGGAUACAAGUCAUCUAGCCAAGCACAAAAAUCGGUAGAAAGUUUCAUGUUAGUGUGCAAUGGACUGUGCAAUGGAUUUUAUCAUGAAUACGGGUUUGAUCAUUGUGCUGCCAUUUUUGAAGACGUCAUAGAUAAUUUUGUUGUCCCGAUUUAUGGAAAACCUGAGGCGGAGAGACAAAGAGAGUACAUCCCUCACCUCUUGAAUGAGAAGAACAUCGAGUUUAGUAACGUUCUAGAGACUGAAGAAAUUUGGAAACCCAUCACUUUCUGUCGAUUUUUAAUCACCAGAUACGUAGAUGGCAAGAAAGGUGCAGGACUCUAUGAGCACCUGGCCUGUCUAUACCAUGCAGCCUCCUGUGUAUUCAAGGCCAACAAACGGGAUUUACUACAAAAAGCUGACGCAAUGUUUCAGGAAGCAAUGAAUCGUGAGGGCGAAGGUCAUGGCGCAGGUUUAUUUGUAGAAUAUGGCCACUUCCUGUGUUCUUGUGAGAAAUAUGCAGACGCAAUCAAAAUCUUACGAAAAGCCGUGGAAUCAGAAAUAGAAAACCCUACUAGCGUUAACUACUACGGCAAGAUGGAAUCAAUGACAAUGGACGAAAAUUUAAAAAAGGAAAUAAGUGCGACUGGAAGUAUUGAACUCUUGUCCAUUAUUUACGCAUAUUAUUUGUUAAUCGAAUGCUUUAUCCGAAUCAAAAAGGAAGGAGACAUAAUCACCACUGUACAAGAUAUGGAACAGAUGUGUAACCGAGUCAAAGACCCCAGGGCAUAUGCAUUGCUUGGUUACACCCUACAGAAGACAAAGGACAAGGACAAAGCACUAGGUGCAUUUAAAUGUGCUUUAGACCUAGAUCCCAAAUACAAACUAGCCAAAGAAAACAUUGCAAAGCAUAAGAAGAAAAAAUAAUGAUUUAUUGUCAUAUAUUAAAAAAAACUUACAUACUUCAGCCAC